AUGAUAACGGAUACAAAAGGUUUGACAACCAAGCAAAAAAAUGACAUAUAUAAUGCAGUUCAUGCCGAUUGGAACCUUAUGGGAUUGGGAAUUGCUACUACCAUUACGGCCGCUACUGCUAGUUAUGCAGCUGCUUAUCACCGUUAUGAAUUCAGGAACGGAAAAGUGCAUUUAGCCUUUGAAAUUGAUGAAAUGAAUAGUCGAGCGCGAACGCGAAUUAACCAACUUAAUCAACACUUAAAUACAGAGCGGCAAAUUACUAAUAGUUUAAGACAACAAGUAAACAAUCUAAGUUCUGGGCUUUCUACUGAACAAGGUAGAACAAGAGAAGUGCAAAAUCAAUUAAAUCAGGCCAACCAAGAGAAAGCAAAAAAGGUCGAAAAACAACAAAAGAAACUACAAGAAGAAGUCAAUAAUAAAAAAAAGCAGUUAGAAAAAAAUGAACAAGAAAAAGCAAGGUUGCAAGCAGAGAUUGAAAAUUUAAAGAUUGGAUCAACUAAUAAUAAUGCCGCUGUUCUAGAAAAGUUAAAUGAGGCUCAAGAGCAGCAAAGACAAUUGGGAGAAAAAACCAAAAAGUUGCAAACUGAAUUAAAUGAUUUAGCAAUAAAAAAUUCGGAACUUGUUCGCCAGUUAGCGGUGGCCAAGGAAAAAGUUGACCAGUUUGAGCAACUAGAAAAAAAAGCCAGCCAACAAGCCGAAUUAGUCAAAGAACUACAAGGAAAAUUAGCCACUAAUCAAAUACAAAUAGAAAAUUUAGAUAAGGAAAAUAAACAGUUAAAAGUAGAGAAAGCAGAGUUAGAAAAAGCAAACAAGCAAGACCAGUCGGAAUUGAUUCGGGAACUUGAAGCAAGAAUAGAACGUAAUCGCGGAGUUACUAAUCUUAUUCAUGAGGAAAAUACUAAUCUUAGAGAGCAAAUGACUGAAUUACAAAAUCGACCGCAAAAACCAAAAAAUUUGGAUGAAGCCCAAGAGCAAGCCAAAAAAGCUAUUCAAGCGGCUUUGGAAGAAGGAUAUAUUCUCAGCGAAGCGAAUGGAGAUAUUAUUCCUGCUUACCAAGGAUACCAAGCAAAAAUCAAUAAACCUGACCAGUCAACCAGAACUCAUCAAGAAUUAAGCGAAGUGCUUAAAAGUGGAGAAAAUAUUUUGCUGGAUGACAAAGAUAAAGAGGAAGAAAUAUUUGAAAAACGCCGCUUAACUCGCCAACAUUUGGAUGCGUUAGCAGAAGAAGAUUCUCCCGAGGCUAAACAAGCUUAUCAAGCGAUGAAUAAAAAUGAUCGGUUUCUCGCGAUACUUAAAGAAGAAAACUAUAACGAAGGUAGUUGGCAAUAUGAAUUAUAUUGGAUAUUACAAGGCAUAGCUAAAGAAUAUGCUAAAAGUCAUCUUAAUAAUGAGAAAAUAGAGCUUUAUCCUCGUCCUCGAACCCCAGGAACUUAUAGUGAUACUGCUUAUAAGUUAAAUGGGGCUGAGGGAUUUGAUAUAACGCUUACUUUUGAAAUUAGUGAUUUAGCGAUCAUCUUUACUUUCUUGCACGAAAUUGCCCAUGAUCGGGUAAUGAUAGAUGAACAUAAAGGUUUGCUUCCGCCUAAUCAAGUACACAGUCUUCCUUUUUGA